AUGUGUAGUCAAUCUGGUCUACUUGCCAGUGGAAAAAAACAUGAGCUUGUGGAAUGCUUGUCACAGAAAAACACAGAGUUUGACCUUCAUUAUGGAAAAAUAGGAUCAAUUCCUAAUUCUACUGCAGGAAUGAUGAGAUUGUGUGUUUCUCAACUUAGAGCUAUUUUGAGAAAGCAUCAAAUUUUAGACCUGGGUACAAAAGAAGAACUGAUUAUAAGGGUGUGGCUACUAAAGGCUGGCUAUCUGGAGGGUGCCUUUUCCAGAGAACAUCUCUGCAUAUUACACAUGAUAGAGGUGGUGAUGACAAUCAGGUCAACACAAGAGGAGCUCAGUAGUACAGUGUAA